CGUCAGCUAUUUGACAUCAUGCAGUACUGAAAAAAGGAAAUACCCUAGUCAGCCCGCUACAGGGGACUGGGGGAUAUUGCACAGUGUAAGACGCUUGGUUAAUUUUUUUUCUUGCGGAAAUUUACCUGAUUUCUACGAAAUUCCGCGGGGAUUUGUACGCAGUGAAGCAAACCAUGGAUACAUGCAUGUGACUGCGGAACUUCUCAUCAAGUUCUUUACCGAGGACAAGGCGUCUGUUUUUCUCGUGAAAAGCUGAACUUAACGCGGAUGUACAGAUGGACCAGGCUCUGUUUGGCGGAGCUCCGCGGUUCCUUACGCGGCCCAAAGCCUUCUCGGUUUGCGUCGGCCGCGAUGCGACGCUGAGCUGCACCAUCGUGGGCAACCCGGUGCCACUGGUCACCUGGGAGAAGGAUAAACUGCAGCUGUCCUCUGGGGGACGCUUCAAGACGGUGGAGGACGGAGAUGUCUACCGACUGACCAUCUAUGACCUCACUCUACAAGACAGCGGCCAAUACACCUGCCGGGCCAAAAACAGUGUUGGAGAGGCCUACGCCGCUGUCACGCUAAAGGUGGCUUUGCCGUCUGAGAUGGCAGAACAGCCACCCGUGUUCCUGGUGAAGCCUUCGUCUACGCGGGUGGGCCUUGGCGAGGAUACCACCUUCCAGUGUCGGGUGGCGGCCUACCCUGACCCCACCUUCGAAUGGGAGAAGGACGGGCGCUACAUUGGCGAAUCCAACCGUGUCAAGAUCGUCUCGGACAGCGAGGGCAGCACCCUGAAGAUCCAGUGUGUGCGCAACAUGGACAGCGGCACCUACACCUGCCGAGCCCAGAACUCAGUUGGUCGGGCUCAUGUGGCAGCGGCACUGGUGGUGGAGCUUCAGGACCGGCAGCUGCUCAACGCCGAUAAAAGCACCUCCCUCCUGUCGCAUCUACAAAAGCGCAAGGAAGAGAUGCGCAAGGACAUCUCCAUCUACCGCACUUUGGAUUCCACCUCGUCGUCUUCCUCGUCCUCCUUGGCCUCCCGGACCCCCGAGGGGCUCAGUACCCUGGGCCUCAGCCUCACCCAGGACCACGACCACGUCGCCGCCCUAGUCGUCAAGCUGCCCAAAGGCGUGUUCACUCGCACCUGCACAGUGACGGAGGGCAAGCAUGCCAAGCUGAGCUGCUUCGUCACCGGGCACCCGAAGCCGCACAUCAUCUGGUGCAAGGACGGGGUCAACAUCCCAGAGGGGCGCCGCCACGUGAUGUACGAGGACCAAGCCGAGAACUUCAUCCUGAAGAUCCUGUAUUGCAAGCAGAGUGACAAUGGCCUGUACACCUGCAAUGCCUCUAACCUGGCUGGACAGACCUAUAGCGCGGUGCUUGUUAUUGUCAAAGAACCCAAGGUGCCGUUCCGGAAGAAGCUCCAAGAUGUGGAGGUGCGGGAGAAGGAGUCGGCCCUGCUGCAAUGCGAGGUGCCGGUGCCCAACGUCAAGGCCAGCUGGUUCAUGGAGGAGACGCGUCUGCAAGCCAGCUCCAAGUACCACAUGGAAGACCAGGGCGUCUUGCGCAGCCUUACCAUCCACAACGUCACCACCAACGACGAUGCCGUCUACAUCUGCGAGAUGCACGAGGGCAGCCGCACUGUGGCUGAGCUGACUGUGCUGGGCAACAUCACCAAGAAGCUGCCCCGCAGGACGGUGGUUCCCGUCAGUGACACGGCCCUGUUCUGCGUGGAGCUGGAGCAGCCCUGCGAUGCCGCCUACUGGACCAGGGACGGCGAACACCUCCGGGAGGACGGCCGCAUCUCCAUGGCCUGUCUGGGCCGGCAGUACACCCUCACCAUGCGCAACUGCUGCUCCGCGGACUCGGGGGAGGUCUCCUUCGUGGCCGGAGACUGCAAAACCUCCACCAGCUUCUCCGUCACUGCCCCCAGAAAGCAUCCACCUGAUCCUCCAGUCAACCCGGUGGUGCGGGACAAGACCAACUUCUCGCUGACGCUGUGCUGGUCGCCCCCGGAGACCGACAGACCCGUGCCCAUCGCCGGCUACAUGGUGGACCGGCGGAAAGUGGGGUCGCAGUCCUGGGUCAGGUGCACCACCGCGGGGGCCAUACCCUCCUCCCAGUUCAUGGUCAGCGACCUCCCUGAGGAGGCCGCCUACCAGUUCCGCGUCAUCGCUGUCAAUGACUUUGGUCAGAGUCCCAGCCUGGAGGUACCCGGAACCUUCUUUCUAGAGCCCAGCGCACUUGUGACCACUGGCCUGCAGGGCGGCGCCGUUGUGGCAGGUGAAGAGGCCUCCUUCACGGUGGAGAUGUCAGGGGUGUGCUCAGGCAGCUGGAGCCUGAACGGGCGCGUGCUGCGCAGUGGCGUCGAGUACCUCAUCACACACACCAAGAGCACGCACACGCUGCUCCUCCAUCACGUGGGGACGGAGCUGAAUGGGGCGGAGCUAAAGUUUACGGGCGGAGGCUCAGAGACGGCAUGCGUCCUCAGCGUGAAGGCUGCCCCAGGGAGGUUCACCAGCAAGUCUGCGCAGAUGGAGGUUGUCAGCUGCAGUAUGCACAGCUCCGGCAAACUGCAGGCGGAGGUCUCAAACGCCUCUGUCCAGGUGGUUUGGAUGAAGGACGGCCGGGAGUUGAAGCUGGGUAAGAAGUACGAGAGCAUAAGUGUGGACCGCACGCGGCUCCUGAUGGUGCACAACGUGACGGAGGAGGACGUCGGCGUGUACGAGUGCGUGUGCGACGGCGACCGGGUCUCCCUGCAGCUUGCCCUUAAAGAGGAGCCCGGCAAGUUUGUGAGGAAGUCAAAAGGCAGUGCCCCUGGGGUGUCGGCGUCUCUCUCGGAUGACCUGAUGUUGACCUGUGAGGUGACGUCCGCCGAUACUGCCGUGGUGUGGAAGAAAGGUCACGUGAAGGUCGAGCAGGACCAGAGAACCACGCUUAUCUCAGAGGGCACACGACGCCGGCUGGUCAUCAGACACGCCAAGCAGAGUGACGAGGGCCUGUACUCCUGCGAGAGUGCAGCAGACAGAAUGACAUUCCAAGUCAAAAUAAAGGAGACAAAGUCAACGUUUGUCCGGAAGACCGUAACGAAGACUGACUUUUCCGUCCUUCGUGGAGAGACUGUGCUUCUAACAUGUGAAGUAAACCACACCGGGGCUCAGGGAAGGUGGAUCAAGAAUGGACAGGAAGUGAAGUCGGGUGCAGAUGUUGCCAUGGAAGCUGAGGGCACGACCAGGAGGCUUGUUCUGAAGAAUGCAAAAGUUGGUGAUGCGGGGAUGUACUCCUACAGACUGGCCGACGACGAAAUUACAUUCAAUGUGAAAAUGAAAGAAACUCAGGCCAUGUUUGCCAAUAAGGAGUCUGUGCAGAAGGAGGUGAGAGCCACUCUCUCACAGAAGGCCUCUCUGACCUGUGAAGUGUCUGACAUCCAGACUGAAGUGAAAUGGUUCAAAGAUGGGAAGAUGUUGAGCUCCAGUAGGAAAAUGCACAUGGAGGCUAAAGGCAAGAGCCGGCAGCUGGUUCUGGACAGUGUGGAGAAGACUGAUGCUGGAGAAUACAUCUGUGAAGCUGGAGGAGAGAAACUGGCCUUCAAAAUACAGGUGGCAGAAGCUCAAGCUGCUUUUGCUAACAAGGAGUCUGUGCAGAAGGAGGUGAGAGCCACUCUCUCCCAGAAGGCCUCUCUGAGCUGUGAAGUGUCUGACAUCCAGACUGAAGUGAAAUGGUACAAAGACGGGAAGAUGUUGAGCUCCAGUAGGAAGAUGCACAUGGAGGCUAAAGGCAAGAGCCGGCAGCUGGUUCUGGACAGUGUGGAGAAGACUGACGCUGGAGAAUACAUCUGUGAAGUUGGAGGAGAGAAACUGGUCUUCAAAAUACAGGUGGCAGAAAAGCAGGCUGCAUUCGCCAAUAAGGAGUCUGUGCAGAAGGAGGUGAGAGCCACUCUCUCACAGAAGGCCUCUCUGAGCUGUGAAGUGUCUGACAUCCAGACUGAAGUGAAAUGGUACAAAGACGGGAAGAUGUUGAGCUCCAGUAGGAAGAUGCACAUGGAGGCUAAAGGCAAGAGCCGGCAGCUGGUUCUGGACAGUGUGGAGAAGACUGACGCUGGAGAAUACAUCUGUGAAGCUGGAGGAGAGAAACUGGCCUUCAAAAUACAGGUGGCAGAAGCUCAAGCUGCUUUUGCUAACAAGGAGUCUGUGCAGAAGGAGGUGAGAGCCACUCUCUCCCAGAAGGCCUCUCUGAGCUGUGAAGUGUCUGACAUCCAGACUGAAGUGAAAUGGUACAAAGACGGGAAGAUGUUGAGCUCCAGUAGGAAGAUGCACAUGGAGGCUAAAGGCAAGAGCCGGCAGCUGGUUCUGGACAGUGUGGAGAAGACUGACGCUGGAGAAUACAUCUGUGAAGCUGGAGGAGAGAAACUGGUUUUCAAAAUUCAGGUGGCAGAAGCUCAAGCUGCUUUUGCUAACAAGGAGUCUGUGCAGAAGGAGGUGAGAGCCACUCUCUCACAGAAGGCCUCUCUGAGCUGUGAAGUGUCUGACAUCCAGACCGAAGUGAAAUGGUACAAAGACGGGAAGAUGUUGAGCUCCAGUAGGAAGAUGCACAUGGAGGCUAAAGGCAAGAACCGGCAGCUGGUUCUGGACAGUGUGGAGAAGACUGACGCUGGAGAAUACAUCUGUGAAGCUGGAGGAGAGAAACUGGUCUUCAAAAUACAGGUGGCAGAAAAGCAGGCUGCAUUCGCCAAUAAGGAGUCUGUGCAGAAGGAGGUGAGAGCCACUCUCUCACAGAAGGCCUCUCUGAGCUGUGAAGUGUCUGACAUCCAGACCGAAGUGAAAUGGUACAAAGACGGGAAGAUGUUGAGCUCCAGUAGAAAGAUGCACAUGGAGGCUAAAGGCAAGAGCCGGCAGCUGGUUCUGGACAGUGUGGAGAAGACUGAUGCUGGAGAAUACAUCUGUGAAGCUGGAGGAGAGAAACUGGCCUUCAAAAUACAGGUGGCAGAAGCUCAAGCUGCUUUUGCUAACAAGGAGUCUGUGCAGAAGGAGGUGAGAGCCACUCUCUCACAGAAGGCCUCUCUGACCUGUGAAGUGUCUGACAUCCAGACCGAAGUGAAAUGGUACAAAGACGGGAAGAUGUUGAGCUCCAGUAGAAAGAUGCACAUGGAGAUUAAAGGCAAGAGCCGGCAGCUGGUUCUGGACAGUGUGGAGAAGACUGACGCUGGAGAAUACAUCUGUGAAGCUGGAGGAGAGAAACUGGUCUUCAAAAUACAGGUGGCAGAAGCUCAAGCUGCUUUUGCUAACAAAGAGUCUGUGCAGAAGGAGGUGAGAGCCACUCUCUCCCAGAAGGCCUCUCUGAGCUGUGAAGUGUCUGAGAUCCAUACCGAAGUGAAAUGGUACAAAGACGGGAAGAUGUUGAGCUCCAGUAGAAAGAUGCACAUGGAGGUUAAAGGCAAGAGCCGGCAGCUGGUUCUGGACAGUGUGGAGAAGACUGACGCUGGAGAAUACAUCUGUGAAGCUGGAGGAGAGAAACUGGCCUUCAAAAUACAGGUGGCAGAAAAGCAGGCUGCAUUCGCCAAUAAGGAGUCUGUGCAGAAGGAGGUGAGAGCCACUCUCUCACAGAAGGCCUCUCUGAGCUGUGAAGUGUCUGACAUCCAGACCGAAGUGAAAUGGUACAAAGAUGGGAAGAUGUUGAGCUCCAGUAGGAAGAUGCACAUGGAGGCUAAAGGCAAGAGCCGGCAGCUGGUUCUGGACAGUGUGGAGAAGACUGACGCUGGAGAAUACAUCUGUGAAGCUGGAGGAGAGAAACUGGCCUUCAAAAUACAGGUGGCAGAAAGUGUUGCCAAAUUCCAGAAGAAAGCAGCGAUAACGGAAACAGUAAUGGUACAGGAGAGCGAGAGUAUCAUUCUGACCACAGAGCUGAUGUCUGAGAAUGCCGGUGUCAGGUGGUUCAGGGAUGGCGUGGAACUGAAGGAUGGUAUCAAGUAUGAGAUCAAGAAGGAUGGCCUUACUCGUACCCUUAUUGUGAAGACCACCGAGCUGAAAGACAGCGGAACCUACUCCUGCCAAACAGCGGAGGAUAAACUGGAAUUCAAGGUUCUGGUUAAAGAGCCUCCUUUGAAGUUCGUUGUGCCACUUGAACCGAUGGCCGUAGAGCUUGGUGGCACCUUGAUCAUGGCCUGUGAGCUGAAUCGGGUCAAAGGUGACGUGGUCUGGCGCCGGAAUGGCAUUGAGAUUAAACCAAGCAGCAAGAACCACAUCACCACUGAUGGCGUGAGGCGGGUCCUGACCAUGACGACUGUUGCCAAAGAAGAUGAGGGCGAGUACAGCUGCGAGUCCAAAGACGACAAGACUUCUGCUAAGAUGACCACUACAGCACCUAAGCUGGUGCGAUUCACAGCCAAGCUGAACAACGUGGCAGCAAUGGAAGGCAGAGACGCCACGUUUAAAUGUAGCGUGACUCCUGCCGAUGUCACCGUGAAGUGGUUCCGCGAUGGAAUACCUGUCCUCUCGGGGCCCAAAUUCAAGAUCACGCAUGAGGGGACCAGCCACACCCUGACUGUCACUAACAUAAGCAAAGAGGAUGCAGGGGAGAUAACAGCAGAUGCUGAGGGCAAAGUCUCUAAGGCCAACCUCCAAGUGCAGCGCAUCCCGGUGACCUUCAAGAAGAAGUUGGAGAACCUCACUGUGGAGGAGGAGGAGGAAGCCAAGUUGGAGGUGGAGAUUAGCAGGCCGUCCCCUGAGGUCAAAUGGAUGAAGAAUGGUGUGAUUCUGCAGCCUGGGCCCAACGUGGAGAUCUGUGUUGACGGAAGCAAGCAGACCCUCGUCCUGAAGAAGGUCACUCAGGGCGACCGGGGCUACUACUCCUGUGAGACGUUGGAUGACAAGACACAGGCUAAACUCACUGUGGAGAUGAGGAAGAUCAAGGUGGUGAAGGGGCUGGAGGACCUGAAGGCCAACGAGAAGGAGACGGUGACACUGGAGGUGGAGUUAAAUCAUGCCAACGUAGAGGGUUCGUGGACCAAGGGUGGGAUUCGGGUGAGAGCAGGAACCAGCUGCCACUUCACCGUCCUGGGCAAGAAGCACACGCUCACAUUGUCCCAGCUCAAGAAGGAGGAUGCAGGAAUGAUAUCUUUCCAGGCCGAGGGGGCCCACACUUCCUGCAGGCUUACUGUCACAGAACCUCCGGUAAAAAUUACAAAAACACUUCAAGACAUCAAGGUUCCCGAGAAGGAGAAGGUUAUAUUUGAGUGUGAGAUCUCCAGAGCCAAUGCAGAUGUGAAAUGGUUCAAGGAUGCGGCCGAACUUAAGCCAGGGAAGAAGUUUGGCAUCAUCUCACAGGGUUGCAAGAGAAGUCUCCAGAUACACAAGUGUGCCUACGAGGACCAAGGCUUGUAUGUUUGUGACGUGACUGAUGACAAAACCGCAGCCAAGCUCACUGUGCACGCUCGUGAUAUCAAGAUAGUGAAGAAACUCGAGGACACCGAGGUAAUGGAAAAGGACAGUGCAACCUUUAUGUGUGAGAUCUCCCAUGACGAGGUGGAUUGUCAGUGGUACAAAAACGACACCAAGAUCAAGGCUGGCGACAAUAUCAAGUUGAGACAAGAGGGUCAAACCUAUGUGUUGUUAUUCAAGUCUGUGAGUCCAGAGGAUGUAGGUGAGAUUAAGUUCACAGCAGAAAAAGCUUGCUCAACAGCGAAACUGAAAGUUAAAGAGCUGCCGGUAAAGUUUGUGAAGAAACUCAAGGAUAAGAUUGCCAUGUACAAACAUCGUGCCCACUUAGAAUGUCACGUCUCUCGAGCUAAUGCCAGGGUUACGUGGUACAAGAAUAAGGUGGAGAUCCAGCCUGGUAGGAAGUAUGAAAUCGUCAGCGAGAACGUCUACAGGAAGCUCACCAUUAACGACGUGGACUCUGAGGACGAGGACACCUACAUCUGCGAUGCAGUUGAUGAUAACACGUCUUGCAAGCUGUUAGUAGAAGAGCAAGCCAUCAGCAUCGUGCGGGAGCUGAGCGCGGUCGAGGUAACAGAGCCUGGACUGGCGCGAUUUGAAGUUGAGAUCAGCGUGGAUGCAGUUAAGGCGCCCAAGUGGCUGCUGAGCGGUGAGCCGCUUAAGGUAGACAGCGACGUGCAGAUCGAGCAGGAUGGAAGAAUACACCGGCUUACCUUCAAGAAGACUACACCUACAAUGUCGGGACCAGUGCAGUUCACAGCUGGAAAGAGCAAAUCAGUGGCUCAGCUUACUGUGAAAGAGCGCCCCCUGGAGAUUGCACUGCCCAUGAAAAAUGCCACAGCCAAGGAGAAAGAGUCUGUCACCCUUACCUGCAAGUUCUCUGCCCCACCCAAGGAAGUCUGCUGGUUUAAAGGCCAGAUUCUCCUGGAGGCUUCUAAGAAGUACAGGAUGAGGCAAGACACAGCCCGUGUGGAACUCAUCAUUAUGGACCUGGUGGGUGGAGACUCUGGAGAGUACCGCUGCCAGGCUGGGCCAGCGGAGACCAAGGCGACCCUCACAGUGGAAGAGAGGAAAGUGAAGAUCACCAAGCACCUGCAAGAUGUCCAGGUGGAUGAAGAUGGUGAUGCUACCUUCACCUGUGAGUUGAACUACACCGACGAGGAGUUGCAGUGGCUGCUCAAUGACAGGGCGCUCUGCUCCAAUGAUGUCAACGAAAUCCAACACGUGGGAAAAGCACACACCCUCACUUUGAGGCGCCUGGCACCAGAAGAUGGGGGCACCAUUACCAUAAAGGUCAGGGAGAUCAAAGAAUCUGCCUCCCUCAAGGUCAAAGAGAAGCGUGCAGUGUUCCUCAAAUCCCUGGAUGACGUGAUGGGGGAGGACCAAGGCACGGUUACUCUGGAAUGUGAGGCCUCAAAGUCACGAGUCUCUCCCGUCUGGAGAAAGGAUGGUGUAGUCCUGGCUGCAAGUGACAAGUACGAGCUCUUGCAUACAGGAAAGGCUUUGGGUCUUAAAAUUCAUGACCUCACACAGGAAGACACCGGAGAGUACACCUGUGACCUUGGCACAGACCUGGCCAAGUCGAAGGUCACGGUACAGGACUUGACCAUCGGCAUCACCAAACGACUGAAGUCAAUGGAGGUCAAGGCGGGUGAAAACUGUAGCUUUGAGUGUAUCUUAUCACGGGAAAGCACUGACCAAUGCUCCUGGACAGUGAAUGGAAAACCCGUGACUCAUGGCGGUCGCUACCAAAUCUCUAGUAAGGGCCGCAAGUACACGUUGACUAUUAAGGGAGUGACUGAGGCUGAAGCAGGGGAUGUCAUCUUCGCCAUCAAAGGCCUCAGUUCCUCAACUACAUUAUCUGUGAAGGGGAAAGCCAUUGUUGUGACCAAACAGCUACAGAACCUCAGUGUUGCUCCGGGUGAGGAUGUUGAGCUUAGCUGUGAGACCACCCGGCCAGGGGUCAAUAUCAAAUGGUCCAAGGAUGGAAAGGCUAUAAGGAAGGGGCAGAAGUAUGACAUCACCCAGAUGGAAGCCGUUGCCAAACUGGUGAUCCGUGGAGCCACAGCUAAGGAUUCUGGGGAGUAUGCAUGCGAGAUCGAUGGUGCCACUACAACAGCCAAGCUGGAAGUCAAAGAAAGGGACCAUAUCUUUAUAAGGGAGCUGCAGGACAUCCAGGCCGAGGAGAAGGGCUCAGCGACGCUGGAGUGUGAAACCAAGUGGCCUGCAAGCAAGGUGACCUGGCGGAAGGGAGUGACAGAGCUGAAGGCGGGCGGCAGGUACGAGAUGAGGCAGCUGGGGAACGUCCUCGCCCUCAGCAUCCGGGGACUGCAGAAGAGUGACGGUGACACCUACUACUGUGACGUGGGCUCUGCCCAGACCAGGGCGCGAGUUGUGGUGCAAGGUCAGAAAGUGCAAAUCACGGAGGAACCGGCAGAUGUUGAGUGUUUCGAGGGGGACGUGGCCGCAUUUACGUGUCGCAUUAGCCCUGGCGAUUAUGUCGGCGUGCAGUGGUACCUCGACAAAACUCCCCUGCACAAUAAUGACCACAAUGAAAUCCAAGCCUUUCCUGGUGGGUACCAUACCCUUACUGUGAAGAAGCUGACACGAAAAGACUCGGGCACCAUCUCUGUAGAGGCGGGGGAUAAGACUGCUUAUGCCUCAUUGAUGGUCAAAGAGAGGCCUACAGUGAUUCUUAAAGGACUGGAGGACUAUGAGGCCACGGAGGGUGAGGACUUGGUGCUGUCGUGCUUGAUCUCUAAGAGUUGUGAUGUCCAGUGGUACAAGGAUGGAUGCUUGAUCCGGGACUCCAGCAAGUGGGCUGUGAGUCACUCUGACAAGGAGGCCAUGCUGACGGUUAGGAGGCUGGAGGAGAAGGACACAGGGGUUUAUGAGUGUGAGGCAGGGCUGGCCACCACCAGAGCCCAGGUGACAGUGAAGGCUGCGGCUGCCGACUUUAAGGAAAGGCUGAAGGACGUGGAGGCCAAGGAAAGCGAGAGCGUCACCCUGCACUGUGAGCUCUCUAGAUCUGGAGCCCCCGUUGAGUGGAGGAAGGGUGGAGUGGUGCUGAAGCCGGGAGACAAGUUCCUGAUGAAGCAGAAGGACUGCUCCGUUGAGCUGAAGAUCAGUGAUGUUAGGCCUGAAGACAGUGGGGAAUACUGCUGCCAGUGUGGGGACAGACGGACCACGGCUAACGUCCAGGUCAAUGCACUUCCCGUAACGUUUAAAGAGCAGCUGAGGGAUCAGACUGCCAACGAGGGCAGCGGUGUUACAUUGCGGUGUGAGCUCUCCAAACCUGGGUCUACAGUGGAGUGGAGGAAGGGGAAGGAUGUGCUCAAGUCAGGAGACAAGUUCCAUAUGAAGCAGAAAGAGGCCAGUGCUGAGCUGAAGAUCACUGACCUGGCACUUGUGGAUGCAGGAGACUACAGCUGCGUAUGUGGAAGCCAAGUGACUUCAGCACACCUCACAGUCAACGAACUUCCCAUCACCUUCAAACGCGAGCUGAAGGACCAGGAGGCCGACGAGGGCGGCAGCGUUACCCUGCGCUGUGAGCUCUCUAAAGCCGGAGCCCCGGUUGAGUGGAGGAAAGCAUCAGAGCCACUGAGGUCUGGAGGAAAAAUCCACAUAGAUCAGAAGGACACCUGUGCUGAGCUGAAGAUCAGUGAUCUGACACCUGAGGAUGCAGGAAACUACAGCUGCCACACUAGGGACAAACACAGCACGUGUAAAGUCCAAGUCAACGCUCUUCCCAUCACCUUCAAACGUGAGCUGAAGGACCAGGAGGCCGAUGAGGGCGGCAGCGUUACCCUGCGCUGUGAGCUCUCUAAAGCCGGAGCCCCGGUUGAGUGGAGGAAGGCAUCAGAGCCACUAAGGUCUGGAGGAAAAAUCCACAUAGAUCAGAAGGACACCUGUGCUGAGCUGAAGAUCAGUGAUCUGACACCUGAGGAUGCAGGAAACUACAGCUGCCACACUAGGGACAAACACAGCACGUGUAAAGUCCAAGUCAACGCUCUUCCAGUUAUUUUUAAAUGUGAGCUUAAGGACCAGGAGGCAGAAGAAGGUGGCAGUGUCAGCCUGCGCUGUGAGAUCUCCAAACCUGGAGCUCCAGUGGAGUGGAGGAAAGGUGGUUUGGUGUUGCAACCCAGUGACAAGUAUGAAAUAAAGCAAAUUGGAGCCAUGGUGGAACUUGUGGUCCACCAUCUGAAGAUGGACGACAUGGGUGACUACGUUUGUGACAUAGGGGAGAAAACCAGCGUGGCCUCAGUCAAAGUCAAUGCCCUCCCAGUUGUAUUCACACAAGAGCUGAAGAAUCAGGAGGUUGAGGAAGGGGGUAGCAUUGUCCUCCGCUGUGAGCUAUCGAAGGCCUGGGCCCCAGUGGAAUGGAGGAAAGGAGGGGUGGAUCUCUGCCCCUGCUCCAAGUAUGAAAUGAGCCAAGAUGGCCGCCAUGUCCAGUUAGUCAUCCACUGUGUAGAUCCAGAGGACUCUGGGGAUUACACAUGCGAUGCAGGGAAUCGGCAAAGUACAGCCAAGCUGACAGUGAAGGCUGCCAAAGUGAUGUUCCUUCGUGGUCUGCAGUGCCAGGAGGCACAAGAAGGGGGCAGCACCAUUCUGAGCUGCGACCUGUCUGUGCCUGGCGCACAUGUGCAGUGGACGAAGGGAGGCCUUGUACUGACGCCCAACAGCAAGCACAAGAUAAGGUCAGAGGGCACAAGGGUCGAACUGGUGAUCAACAAUCUCACGCUAGAGGACUCGGGAGACUAUUCCUGUGACACGGGGCACCAGCAGACCACAGCCUCAGUCAAGGUCAAAGCGGCUCCUGUGGUCUUCGAGAAAGAGCUGGAGAGUGUGGAGGCGAAGGAGGGCGGUGAAGCCUCCCUGUGUUGUGAGAUUUCCAGCCCUGAUAGCCUGGUGACCUGGAAGAAGGGCUCUCGGGUGUUGUCCCAGGGGAGAAAGUAUACCUUUCAACACCGGGGAUCCACGCGGGUGCUGGUCAUCCACCAGCUGGGCACCGAAGAUGCUGGCGAAUACAGCUGCAGUGUUGGGGACAGGACAAGCAAGGCCAAACUGACAGUCAAAGAGUGCGUGCGCAUCACAGAGAGGCUGCGUGACGUAGCUGUGACCACAGGCGAAGACGCGCGAUUCGAAUGCGAGCUCUCCCAGCCCGAUGUGACGGAGGUCGAGUGGCGGUUGGGCGCCAACUUACUGCAGAACAACGACCUCAACCAGAUGUGCUGCCAGGGAUGUAGGCACAGGCUGGUGCUGAGGAUGCUCACGCCAGAUGACUCAGGCCUCGUGGCUUUCACAGUGGGCGAGGAGAGGACUGCUGCCAACCUGCUGGUGCUGGACAAGCCCAAAGGGGAGCCCAUCUUUUUCCAGCAGGAGCUGAAGAACCUGGAGGCAGUGGAGGGUGGCAGCGCCAUCCUGCGAUGCGAUCUCUCCAAGCCUGGUGCCCCCGUGGAGUGGAGGAAGGGAGGCGUGGUCCUGCAGCCAGGAAGAAAGUACGAGAUGAAGCAGGACGGCCGUCAGCUGGAGCUUCAUGUUCAUGACCUCCAACCUGAAGACAGUGGUUAUUAUACUUGCGAUGCUGGAGACCAGCUGACUACGGCUUCCCUAACAGUGAAAGUGGAGGAGGUGCGGAUCGUGUCUGGCUUGAAGAGCACAGAUGUCUUUGUGGGGGAGCAGGCCUUGUUCUCCUGCGAGCUGUCCCGCGGGGCUGCCAGGGAUGCCCAGUGGUGGCUGGAUGGUACCCGGCUGCAGCAGGGUGCCUUCGCCGACAUCAGGGUCACCGGUGACAAUGUCCACACGCUUGUCCUAAAGAACCUGGCUGCCAAUGACUCGGGCACGGUCACCUUCAAGGCUGGCAGCCUGGUAUCCUCUGCCAAACUGCUGGUGAAAGAUCCUACGGUGGAGGUGGUCAGUGCCAUGAGAGACGAGCAGGUGCUGGAGGGCGAACCCGUGGAGUUCAUCUGCCAAUAUUCGCGGCCCGUGAAAGCAGUUUGGAGGAGGAAUGGGAGGCCGGUGCAGCCGGACGGCCGGCGGGUGGUGGUGGAGCAGGACUGGAACGUGGCCCGGCUGUACAUCAGCCGCGUAGCCGCCCAGGAUGGAGGCUCGUACUCCUGUGAGGCUGAGGGCACCUGCGUGGUGGCCCUCCUAGAGGUUCAAGUUAAGCCCGUUGACAUCAUCCAGGGGCUGGACAACGUGGACUCUUUGGACGGUGGGGAGGCGUUGUUUGAGUGCUCGCUGUCCCGGCCCGAGAUGCAGAGCUGCUGCUGGCUGAUUAACGGCAAGCCAGUGCGUGAAUCCGCCAACGUGGAGAUCGUGGCCUUUGAGAAUGGCCGGCGCCACCUGCUGUUGCUCAAGGAGCUGCACCCGGUGGACAGUGGUAGGGUCACUUUCCAGGUGGGCACAGCAACCACAUCAGCCUUGCUGACCGUCAAAGGCUGGCAGCUGGAUGUCCUGCAGCCCUUGGAGGAUCAGGCAGUGGUGGUCGGUGAGCGUGCAAAGUUCUGCUGCACGCUGAGUGAGCGCAUCCCCGAGAACGAGGUGACCUGGUACGCCAACGGUGCGGAGCUACAGCCCAGCGACAACUGGACCAUGCAGACUGAGGGGCGCUCGCACCACCUGGUCCUGCGCUGUGCCCAGGCUGGGCCCCCCCAGGAGAUCACCUUCGCGGCCCGUGAUGCUCUCUCCCUUGCCAAGCUCACGGUCAUCGCCCUCCCUGACCCCCCCGAAGACCCUGAGGUGGUGAAUAAGACCAAUCGAACUGUGACUCUGUCCUGGUUCACUCCCCUCAACGAUGGGGGCAGUCCCAUCCUGGGCUACCGAGUCGAGAUGCGACUGAGCGACAGCGCCCUCUGGCUGCCGUGCCAUUCGGAGCCUGUGCGCGAUACAGAGCUUAUGGUGGAGAACCUCAGCUCAGGUGUGGGGUACAGGUUCCGUGUGGCGGCCUUGAACAAAGCUGGAACCGGGGAGCCUGUCCAGCUCCCGCAGACCGUAUACUUGGGUGAGGAGGCCUCCCGACCAGCGCCGGUGGUAGAGGAGGACGGCGGACAGCCUAGCCUGCCCCCAGAAGCGGCCUCAGAAGGGGACCUACACCUACUGUGGGAAGCAAUCGCCAAAAAGCGCCGCAUGAGCCGGGAGCCGACCUUGGAUUCUAUUUCUGAGUUGCCCGAGGAAGAUGGCAAGGAGCCCAAAGGAACUGUAUCUAAAGACAAAGAGUUGAUUGUGGAACCAGUCCCAAGAAAAGAGGUAGACCAUACCCUUUACACCAGCUCUGAGGAUGAGUCCCUCACUGGGCCAUCUCUGGUAUCCUACCUCAAGAAGAGCAGCAAGGCCACUGUGACUCUUGGUGGCCAGGCACAAAGCAUUUCUACCAAGAAGUUUUACGAGCACUUCCAGAUGACCGAGCAGGUUCAGGAAUCGGAGACCAUGGAGUUGGGUCAGGAUGAUGAAGCUGAGUUGAAGGAGGCAGCUGUUAAGAUCCAGGCGGCCUUCAAAGGCUACAAGGCACGCAGGGAUUUGCGGCCUGUCUUCAAGGAGGUCUUCAAGGAGCAGACAAAGGAGCCCGACGGUACCAUCCACCUGGAGUGCGUGACAGCGGGCAGACCUGAUAAGGUUCGCUGGCUGAAGGACGGCGAGCUGCUGACGGACGGCAAGCACCACCACAUCGACAUCUACAAUGACGGCACUUGCUCCCUCGUCAUCACAGGAGUGACCACCAAGGAUACAGGUGUCUAUACCUGUGAGGUGUCGAACAAAUUCGGAAUGACCACCCACAGCGCCAAGGUGACAGUGGGUAUGCCACGGGAGUCAUCUGGCCGGCGACCCCUACAGGUUGCAUAUGGCUACAGCGCUGACAGUGAGGCGGAGAGUUCCUCGGGCAGCGAGAUGGAUGAGUCCCUCCGGCAGGCCAGCAGGCGACUACGGCGUCUUCUUGGCAGCCGGCUAUCCGCAGACAUGCCGGGCAUGGAGGAGGAGUCCUUUGUGAGCGCAGACGAAGGCGAAAUGCCGCCCCCGGACCCCCGCUCGUACCGCGAGGACGACAACUACAUCUACAUUCGCUUCAACACCAUCGAAGAAGCCCAGGUGGCUUCCAAACGCUUCAGUGAGAUGUUCACUGUACAUGGGGUUCCUGUCGAGACCACCAUCCUGGAAGGGAUCCCCCACAAAAUAGAACUGCGCAUCAUGAAGAUGGGCUAUGUGCAGGACGGCUCACGGACGCCCACGCAGGACAGGCAGCCUCCUGGAUUCAUGGCAGGGCCGUCUGCGGCCCCCGUCUUCCUGACUGAGCUGCAGAGUCAGGACGUGCCGGACGGCUACCCGGUCAGCUUCGACUGCGUGGUCAUCGGCAAGCCUCCACCCACCAUUCGCUGGUUUAAGGACGGCAGGCUUAUCGAGGAGAGUGAUCACUACAUGAUCAACGAGGACCAGGAGGGCUGCCACCAGCUCAUCAUCACGACGGCAAGGCCCUCGGACAUGGGAGCGUACCGCUGCGUUGCGGAGAACAACGGCGGCAUUGCCUCCACGGUGGCAGAGCUCAGGGUGGACUUGUCCUGCAGCUCUGACUAUGAUACUGCAGCAGACGCCACAGAGACUUCUUCAUACAUCAGCGCUAAAGGCUACAUGUCCAGGGAAACGGAGGCUUUCGAGUCUGUCACAGAAGAGGAGCAGCUCCCCCAAGUGGUCGAUGAGCUGCGUGACGUGCACAUCUACCCUGGGGCACCCAUUGCCAAGAUGCAGGUCAAGGUCAAAGGCUACCCCCGGCCUAGAGUUUACUGGUUCAAGGACGGGCAGCCCCUGCGGCCCUCGGACCGGGUCCGCAUGACGGAGGAGAGGGGCGUGCGUGGCCUGGAGAUCCUCGCGGUGACGCGGGAGGACACAGGGGAGUACUCCGCCUACAUCAGCAACGCUGCUGGCUCCGCCUACUCCUCCGCCCGACUCCUGGUGCUGGGGCCUGGAGAGAAAUUUCCAGAAGAUAGUUCCAAAGUCAAAGGUGCCGAGCCCCUGGUGCCCCCCCGCUUCUUAGAGCGGUACCCCAACCGGACCGUGAAGAGUGGAGCUAGCAUCACCAUGUCUGUGAAAGUGGAAGGCUCCCCCCAGCCCUCCGUCACCUGGCUGAAGGAGGAGUCUGCCGAGGAUGUGCUUUGGAUUAAGCCAGAAACUCCCGGGUACAAGAUGGCCAGCUCAGGACGGCAGCACAGUCUCAUCCUGAUGGAUGUGAGCAAGACCCACACAGGCACCUACACCUGCAUCGCCACCAACCAGGCUGGCCAGUCUGUCUGCACCGCCCGGCUGGAGGUGGAGGACGUGCCAGAAAAGAGGACUGAAGUGGAGAAGCAAGCAGCCAAAUCAGUUCAAGAGGCUCUCGGGAUCACUGUCAGUCCACCCACAGACGAGCCAUGCGCUAAAAGAGUUGGAAAAUCAUCUAGCACUUUCCUGGGUGAGGUAGGCACGGAGGAGUUCAUUCAGAAGCUUACCACCCAAAUCACCGAAAUGGUAUCUGCCAAGAUCACCCAAGACAGCUUUCAGAACCAUCAAGUGAUCCAGUGGAUGAGGUCAUGGCCCAAAUCCACCUCACUGCGCGUACCGGGGGCCGACAGCGAUGAUGAGACCAAGACUGCUUCCCCUCACCAUGGCCGCUCGCGGCCCCCCUCCCUCAUUGCGGACUCCUCCUCCGAGUCUGACGACGGCGAUGCCAGAGGAGAGAUGUUCGAUAUCUACGUGGCCACGGCCGACUAUAACCCCACUGGUCCCAGUAAGGAGGCCAUAUCCCUGAAGGAGGGCCAGUACGUGGAGGUUCUGGAUUCGGCCCACCCUCUCAAAUGGCUCGUCCGCACCAAACCCACCAAGACCACACCCUCUCGCCAGGGUUGGGUCCCCCCAGCGUACCUCGACAAGAAGCUCAAGCUCUCGUCGGACGCUGCUCCCCCUGCUGGAGAGGUGGUGGAGCCUGGAGUAGAGCAGGUUUCUGAAGGAGAAUACAAGAAGAGACUAUGCCAGCUGAUUCAGGAGAUCAUCGCCAGCGAGGAGGAGUUUGUGAAAGAAAUGAACGUUACUUCCCACCUCCUGAAGCAUCUGGAGACCAGCUCAGAUGUUCCCGCCAGCGUCAGCAGCCAGAAGGAGGCCAUCUUCAGGAACAUCACGGACAUUGGUUCCUUCCACAGCAGCUCCAUACUGCCAAGUCUGAGCGAGUGUGAGACUGACGAUGACGUGGCCGUGCGCUUCAUCAGAAAUGCAGAGGGCUUCGAGAAGUAUUUGCAGUACAUGGUGGGCCAGGCAGAGGCCGAAGCUGCCGUCAGUAACAAGAACGUCCACCAGUACUUCAAGGAAUACACUGAGGCACAGUUGUCAGGUACUAAACCUUCAGAAGGUCCAGUGCUGAGCAUGAACGCAUAUUUACAAAGACCUCUGGAGAGGAUACAGAAAUACAAGUCCGUACUCAAGGAGCUGAUCAGAAACAAGGCCAGGAAUGGACAGAACUGCUGCCUUCUGGAGGAGGCCUAUGCUGUCGUCUCGGCCCUGCCACGUCGCGCGGAGAACACGCACCACGUCUCCCUGAUCGAGAACUACCCCGCCACGCUGGAGGUGCUGGGCGAGCCCAUUAGACAGGGUCCCUUCAUGGUGUGGGAGGGUGCCCCCGGGAUUCGGACCUCGUCCAGAGGCCACCAUCGGCACGUCUUCCUUUUCAAGAAUUAUGUCAUCAUCUGCAAGCCCAAGAGGGACUCCAAUGCUGACACCCAAAGCUACGUCUUCAAGAACAUGAUGAAGCUGACCAACAUUGACGUGAACGAGACCGUCGAGGGCGACGACCGUGCCUUCGAGAUCUGGCAUGAGCGUGAGGACUCUGUGAGGAAGUACACGCUGCAAGCCCGCACCGUCAUCAUCAAGAACUCCUGGCUGAGGGAUUUGCGUGAGCUGCAGCAGCGCUACCACAUGCCUGCGUGGAGUUCUCCUGACUUUGUGGAGAUCCUGGCAGACUGCACCGCGGAGCUGGGGCAGACCGUAAAGCUAGCCUGCAAGGUCAUAGGCACACCCAAGCCAUCAGUCACCUGGUACAAGGACGGGAGGCCCAUAGAGGUAGAUCCCCAUCAUAUCAUCAUCGAGGACCCCGAUGGCUCCUGUACCCUUAUCCUGGACAACUUGACAGCAGAUGACUCGGGCCAGUACAUGUGCUUCGCCGUCAGCAGCGCUGGGUCUGCCAGCUCCCUGGGCAAAAUCACAGUGCAGGUGCCCCCCCGCUUCGUGAACAAGCUAAGAAACACUCCACUCAUUGAUGGGGAGGACGCCCAGUUCACCUGCACCAUUCAGUGUGCCCCACGACCCAAGAUCAGAUGGUUUAAGGAAGGCAAGCUGCUUACAGAUCAAGAGAAAUACCAGACCUACAGCGAGGUCCGGAGUGGGGUAUUGGUUCUAGUCAUCAAGAACCCUGGGGAGAGAGACCUGGGCCGCUAUGAGUGUGAGCUGUCUAACCGACUGGGCAGUGCUCGAUGUGCAGCAGACCUGAUCUCGGCAUCAGCCAUGGCGGCCAGCGAGCGUAGGGGGGAGCAGGCCAUCUCCAUCGAAGGUAUGUCUGUAAUCAGCCUGGCAAAGGCGGAGAACUUCUCACAAGUCUCCCCAGAAGACACCAGUGAGGAUGAGACUAUGAGUAGCCUUGAAGCUCAGGAAAUCUUCAUGGACCAAGUCUCCACGAGCAGUACUCCUUUGCAUGAUGUGAGCCCUGAGAGCAUCCCAGUGAAGAAGUGGUACCAGAUUGACUUCAGCCCCACAGCCUUCUGCAAGAGAGUUUUCCAUUCCGUCUGUUCAGAGCCCCUGCCCUGGGACAACUCUGCCCUAGAGAAAACGGACGUUAACAGCAUCAGAACCACGGCCAUGGAGGUCAAAAGAGAAGUUUGUGUUGAAAUCAAAGAAAAACUAGUCUCUACUGUGACUAGAGAGGAGUCAGCACCACCUGCUGGCCUUUGCGCCAGUCAGGAGACCAUCGUGGACCUGCAAGCCCAGAGUAGUGACCAGACCUCUGUUAACAGUCAUAUCACUAACCGUCCCACCUCACUGUACAAAGGUGGAGAACUUUCCUCAGCCGAAGAUCACGCAGGAGCGGCAGACGGCGGCCCCUGCUGUCCUGUGAUCCAGAGCGGUGACAUAAACAACGACUCAUCCAGUUGCUUGCCCAGGACCGCUGAGAACGAGGUGUUCUGCACAGCCCAGCCCAUUUCAGGAAGUGGUACUCGGAUGACGGAGCUGGAGAAGGUCCAGGAAGGCGAGAAGCAAAAGUUGCUAUUCCAGUACGAUCUCCAUGAAGAGAUAGGCAGGGGUGCGUUCGGGGUGGUGAAGCGGGCGACCCACAGGCAGAGCGGAGAGAGCUUCGCGGCCAAGUUUCUGCCCCUGAGGGGUGAGGGGCGGGCCCGGGCGUUCAGGGAGAGGAGCCUGCUUUCCCGCCUCUCGCACCCCCGGGUGGCCUGCCUGCGAGACUCGUUCUGCACCCACCGCACACUCGUCCUGCUCACGGAGCUCUGCUCUGAGAGAGGGCUGCUCGAGCACUUAUUGUCGAAGAGAUCUGUUACAGAGAGGGAGGUGAAGAUGUAUAUCCUCCAGGUCCUGGAUGGGAUUGAUCACAUCCACAGCAUGAACAUUCUUCAUCUGGAUGUUAAACCUGACAAUAUUGUUAUGGCCUUGUCCAAGACGGAGGAAGUCAAGAUAUGCAAUUUUGGAUUUGCCCAGGAGAUAGACCUGUACGGACCCCAGUACAGUGAAUUUGGGACCCCGGAAUUUGUAGCGCCAGAAAUCGUCUGCCAGCAGCCUGUUUCCAAGGCGACUGAUAUCUGGUCAUUCGGUGCCGUUUCUUACCUAUGUCUUGCGGCUCAUUGCCCGUUUUCGGGGGAGAGCGACCGGGCGACCCUGCUGAAGGUGCGAGAAGCCAGGCUGCAUUGGGACACCCCCCGUUUGACCUGUAGGAGCAAGAAUGCGUGUCGUUUCCUCCAGAGGCUGCUCCAGGCUGAUCCUAUGGCGCGGCCCAGCGCUGCUGAGUGCCUGCAGGACGAGUGGUUCCAGGUUCAGCCUGAAGAUGAUGAAUCUAAAAAAAUCAAUACAAAGAAUUUGAAAUUCUUUGUUUCACGGAGUAAAUGGCAGCGCUCGCUCACGUGCUACGGUUCCAUCCUCGUGCUGAGGCCAAUCACGGACCUCUUAGCGGCCCCACAGCAGGACGCUUCUGCGCCCGUCUCCCGUCACCACGGCAGCCUGUCCGCUAGUGGCAGCUCCUCGGAAUAUGAAGAGCUGGACCAAUGGGAGUCCUCCUCUUUGGGACGCCACCAGUGUAACGCAGAAAAGGGACCAGGCAAGGAGGCUGGGUGCUCGACUCCAGAGAUCUCCAAGCAGAAAACAGCCGAGAAAAGACCUGAAAGUCAUUCUGAAGUGGACUCUGUAGCUAAAGGAGCUACAAUGGAACAGCGAAGCAUCGUAAGUGACCUUAUGUCAGCUGUUGAUGCAUCCAAACUGGCAGCUACUACAGACCAAACGUAUGGCGUAGGUGACACUCAGCUAGCAAAAGAGUGCCAGGACAGGGCAUCUCCUGGUGUACGGAUUCCCAGAGGAAGUAUCAUCAAGAGCACAUUCUUCACCAGCACAGAGGGAUCGGAGGAGCUCUCUCCCUUAUCUGCCCGUCGCUUACUGCUGCGGCAGAAGACUUUAACCAAGAGGCAUGCGAGGACCAGGAUGCGGCUAUGCAGCAGUCUGUCCGGUAGGCUGGAUGAGCCAUUGCCGGAGGAGGACGUCCCCGAGGUCGAUGUGUGCCGCAGUCAGAGUCUGAGCUCGCUGGCGCCCUCUUUUAUGUCAAGCAAAUCCUCUCCCUUCGAAAAAGGAGAAACACUUUCUCAUUCUAACAGGUGGACGAAAAAGAAGGGAAAGUCGUCGGAGGAGCAUCUACCAAGAGCCUGUUCCGUGCCUGAGUUUGCGGAGCUUACAGUGGGGAUGGCAGAGAGGUGUGACGUCGAGUGUGAAGGAAAGAUCUCGGAUAGAGACUCUGAGAAGCCAGCAGAAGUGCCUGCUGAUGGUUCCUCGGCAGCCUGUCAAACUACAGCUGCAAGCGACGUCAAGCAAAGCCUCGGCAACUGUCUUUUUGUCGAUGAAGGCGUUGAAUUAGAUACUCCUCGAUCAACAGACAAUGUUAACAAAAUAGGUCCAUCGCAGUCUGAUACCGGUGUGGUUCCCUGUGCUGAAAGCCUUCCCAAAAUGGCUUCUACAAGUUUCUUUACGGCAAUGGGAGAAGGAGACCUUUCUUCUGAAAGACUAGAGGAAGAGCCUCAAGAAGGCAACGGGCAGCUAAUAGAAAUGGAACCAUCUCCUGCAAAGCCCUCGUUUAUAGAAUCCAAAACUCCAGUUUUGGUGGUUCAGGAUGGAAAAUUAUCGACAUCCCAGCAUGGUCUUGAGUCCUUCGAAAGGCCCAGGCGAAGCGUAAUGUGCUUCCUGGCUCGGGAGACUGUUGAGUCGGAGACCAGAACCGCCUUCCCUAAGAUUCACAAAGCUAUGUCGGACAGCAGGAUCUCAAAGCCAGUAGAGUUUGCUGCGGUUAGGGUUUACAGCGCUUGUUCGUAUGAGGAACCUUAUGGCUGUGUGUCUGAUCGAAAUUAUUCUCCAACUGAGCUGGAGGAGCCAUUGGAAGCAACUGAAGAUUACAAUGAAAACGCAGAUAUCUAUCAAGAAGCCAUCUGUAAGGAUUCUCAAGAGCCCCAUGUGCCUUUUGUAAGAUCCCAGUCAUUAUACCUGGUGCCUAAGACAGUGACAUGUUCAGACUAUGGAGCAGUUGAUUCAGCCGAAGAAGUCUUCUCUAACCAUCUUGAAGAGAACUUAGGCGGUGCUCUUGCUGGCUCACAGACAUCCAUUUUUGAACCUAACUUAUUAAGUUCUGAAGAACCUGGGCCACAUACCUGCUCGGGACAGUAUUCCCUACCCACAAGCCCUAAGGAAACACAACCUGAGAAAAAUGAGUUUGUAUCACACCAUCUGGAGAGGAAUCAUCAACUUGCAACACCUAGACGAGCAGGGAAUUUUGUCAGCAUAUUGAAAUUAGAUAGCAGUGAUGGUGAUUUUCCAGUGAAUUCUCCAGUUAGGGUCCCCACUGAGUCUCACGCAGAUGCUGAAAACGAAUUGUGGCCGCAAGAUUCCAUUUUACCACUUGAGGCAGACGGACUUCAUGGUAAAUCGGGGAAGCUGGCGCUCCUACGGUUUUUCCGCAGGCAGUCAUGGACAGACCUGUCAUCCACGCCUUUGGAGAAGGUAGUGAAGAGACAAGCCUCCGAUGGAGAUACGCCUGAGUCCAAGCUGCAAGAGCAGAACCGGACCCAAGACCUUUCUAUUGCAAAGAAAGUGAAAGUGUCCAUUUCCAACAUGACCAAAGCUGUUCUGGGUAAACCAUCCAAUAAAGACAACAAAAGAGAAGCAGCAGUAUUCCUAAGUUCUGCAGAGGCGGACACUGAUACCCAAGUUUCAACAAAGAGGUCGUCUGGACUCUUCUCUUUCAAACUGCUUGGGUUCAAGAGGAACAAAGAACCGGUAUUCAUCCAGGAGCUGACAGACCAGGCAGUGUCCUUAGGCCAGAAGGUCCUGCUCAGGUGCAGGAUGACAGGCCACCCUGCCCCCGACAUACAGUGGUAUAAGGAGGCAAGGAGGCUGAAGAGUAACAACCAGGUCAGGCUGGCUAUUGUAGACAGGGAGCUUCUGUCUCUGACCAUCUUUUCAGCCAAAGAAGAUGACCUGGGUAGCUAUCGCUGUGUGGCCAGCAAUGUAAUGGGUCAGGCCUCCACCUCAUGCACCCUCAUCGUGUCCGAGCUGCCUGCAUGUCCAUCCAAUCUUGACGUCUACCAGCUUCAUGCAGAUGGACUCCUGCUGGUCUGGAGACCUGUAGAAUCAAUUGCCGAGCUUACCUACUCCAUUCAGCACAGCAGGGAUGGUGGAGCGUGGAUGCAGCUGGCUGUGGGCGUUGCUGACAGCUGUUACCUAGCCAGUAACCUCUCCAGGGGGGUGGCGUACAGCUUCAGGGUCGCCUGUCUCAACAGAGCUGGAGCAAGCCCCUUCAGCAGGUCUUCGGUUCCCAUCGUCAUCGGGUCUGAACACCAAGAUUCCCUUGCACCACUUAUUUCCAUGGACACCCCCUGGCCAUCUGAUUAUGAUGCUAUCGGCCAGGUCACCCUCCCUUCCUCUUUGCCACAGACCAAGUACACGUUCCUCUCUGAAAUCAACAGGGGGCGCUUCAGUGUGGUUAUACUGUGUCGGGAAGAACCAAGCAGGAUGUUGUAUGCGGCGAAGAUCACGCCCUACAGAGCAGAGUGGCGCCAGUGGGCACUGCGCGAGUACCAGCUGCUGAGGAGGCUGUGCCACGCCCACCUGGCCCGGCUGCACUGCACUCUCAUCUGGACCCACCACCUUAUGCUGGUCCAGGAACUGUGUCCCGGGCGCGAGCUGCUGCGCCAUCUGGCGGAAAGGGACCUGUACGGCGAGAUGCAUGUCCAGAGGCUUCUGCAGCAGCUCAUCAGCGCGGUCUUUUACCUGCACUGCAACCACGUGGCACACCUGGACCUCAGGUCUGACAACGUGCUAGUGGGGGAGGACAGCCAGCUGAAGGUGGUGGACCUCGGCUCUGCGCAGGUCUUCGUGCCGGGUCAGAGCCUCCCCGGGGGACACCUGGAGGACCUGAUCGGGAGUCCAGCUCCUGAAAUCCUAGAUGGCCAAGGGGUUGGACCGGAGACCGAUGUUUGGGCAAUUGGAGUGUUAGCCUUCAUCAUGUUGAGUGCUGAUGAUCCUUUUCACCCACCUGCUAACAUGGAGGGCAGCAACAUGGCUGCGACAGUAACCAGCAAACGAGGAAAGGUCAACUUUGGGAAAUGCUACCCCAGCCUGUCUGAGGGCGCCCUCAGCUUUCUGAAAAGGACUCUGAGCAGCAAGCCUCGGGUGAGGCCAUCGGCUGCCGAGUGUUUUAGGUUGCCGUGGAUACAAGGAGCAUGCCAGCCCUUCAAGCACUGGGAUACCGUAGUUUGCUUUCCCACAGACAAACUGCGGGCCUAUAUCCGGGCCCGGGCCACUGAGCAAGAAAGGUCCAAAACCACACUGCAGGUGCCACUCACAGCCUGCGACGGCGCCGACUGACGCCACAAUUGGAGCGAUAGUCCUCCUGCCUUGGACUGUUAUAGGUACAGUGCGCUUCCUUAUGGAGAAGGAGUCCAGCUCCAAGGUGACAUCUGAGGUGAGUGGAGUGUGCAGUUUGCUUGUCUGAGUAAAGGCAGAGUGGCCGACCCCACAGGACAUUAUACAUCCAGAUGGAAUGCCACAAAAGCACUCAGCCCUCGUGGCGGACAAUUCCGCAAAACUUCAAAAAGGGAAAAGUUCAAUUUUGCUUGUUUUAUAUUGAUUGUAAAGUUUGCCUUAUGAAGGUCUUGCCAUUCAAAAUGUGGUGGUGACUGAUAAUAAACUACACUCUUGUUUC